GGCCAGGUAGCGUUGAUGUUUCAUAUAAACCUCUGCAGCUGAGGUUCAUUUUUUUCUUUCGAUACAUAUAUUAUUAGGAGUGCUAAAAGGCUGGUGACUUCCUCAAAGGUUUCACAAAAACCCAGCACAUUCUGGCAGAGACUCACAUUCAGACUCGCCACAACGUUUUGACUAUCAAACAUUAGGCAAAUAGGCAGCACGAUGGAUGUGGGAGAAGUGAUCUACACCUUGUUGGAGGUGCUCAUUGCUGUUUGCUGCUGUCUUGGAAAUAUGUUGGUCAUUUUGGCACUGUGGACCGGCAAGAUCAUUCAGCAACCGACCUUCUGCCUUAUUAUCUGCCUGGCUGUGGCUGACUUUAUGGUUGGCUGUGUGGCCAUACCACUGGCUGUGUUGGUGGACGGACGAGUGAAGACUUCAUUCCAUGGUUGUCUCUUCAUCAGCUGUGUUGUCAUCCUGUUGACACUGGUCUCGGUUUUGUGUCUCACGGCUAUUGCAGUGGAUCGAUUCCUCAGGGUGUUUAUCCCUCUCAGGUACAAAAGGACUGUAACACAGAGACAUUCUUUGGUCGUCGUAGCAGCAUGCUGGCUUCUUGCAGUGCCAAUGAGUUUUUCUCCAAUGCUUGGAUGGUACAACCAUGAAACCUUGGCUGCGGCAGUCAACUCAACUAUUGUCUGCAGGUUUAUAGAUGUGAUCCCCAUGUCAUACCUGGUUUACUUCAGUUUUUUCCUCUGCACCCUGACACCUCUGUUGGUGAUGACUGUAUUGUAUGGCUACAUUUUCUGCAACAUCCGAGGAAACCUUCGAGACAAACCAGGCAACGGUGCCCAAAUCCAGUCUCAGAACUACCUGAAGAAAGAGAAACAGCUGGCAGGAUCUCUGUCUCUGGUCUUGGCUCUGUUUGCCCUGUCCUGGAUCCCUCUCCACGUUAUGAACUGCAUUGCUUACUUCAGUGGGCCGAAUAAUGUACCAGUAACAGCUUUCUAUGUCGGGAUCCUGCUCACUCAUGCUAACUCGGCUGUAAACCCAGUUGUGUAUGGGUUCAAAAUACAGAAGAUCAAGACAGCGUACCUGAAGCUGUGGAGACGGUAUACUGCAUGUGGAGAAGAUUAUCAAGGCUCUCAGACAAGCCAGACAACAGACAACAAUCUCAGCAGUAACAUCAACAGUGUGGCCAAAAAUGAGUGAAUGAAGAUUUCCUUCUUUGUUCUUGAUGACCAU